AUGCCCGGCAUUCUCAAAUCUACGUCCUCGUCCUCCCGCUCAUCCGAGCAAGGGGACUCAGACGGCUCCCGAGCUGCACCUGAACGCAGUUAUCUUCGGGACGACUACCCUGCCGCUUCCACACCAAACUAUUCAGAGAAGCCGCUCGAUGAGCAAUUGGAGCCGAUUGCUGUUGUCGGCAUGGGCUGCCGCCUCCCCGGUGACGUCUCAUCCGCGUCUGAUUUCUGGGAUAUGUUGAUGAACAAGCGCUCGGGCCAGAAUCCCAAGGUGCCUGCCAACCGCUUCAACGUUGAGGCCCACUACCACAGAAACAAAGAGCGUCCCGGCAGUCUGCCUGUUAUGGGUGGCUACUUCAUCAACGAGGAUCUUGAGAACUUUGAUCCCGGUCUUUUCAACAUUACGCCCGUCGAGGCUAUGUGGAUGGACCCGCAGCAGCGAAAGCUAUGUGAGGUUGUAUACGAGGCCUUCGAAUCCGGCGGCAUCUCUCUCGAUGCCAUCGCAGGCAGCCGGACCGGUGUCUUUGCCGCCAGCUUUACCGCCGACUGGCAGCAGAUGUCCAUGAAGGAGCCCUCGUUUAGGCACACAAUGGCCGCCACCGGCGUAGACCCAGGCAUCCUUAGCGACCGCAUUAGCUACGUCUUCAACCUCAAUGGCCCCAGUAUUGUGUGCAAUACUGCGUGUUCGUCGUCCAUAUACGCGCUACAUAACGCGUGUAUAGCCCUACGUAAUGACGAGUGCGAUGGCGCAGUUGUUGGAGGGACAAACCUUGUCUUCACAAUCGACCAACAGAUGAACACAGCCAAGAUUGGCGUCCUCUCGCCCCGGGGCACCUGCUUCACGUUUGACGAGAGCGCUGAUGGGUACGGUCGAGCCGAGGGUGUUGGUGCCGUCUACCUGAAGCGUCUCUCGGAUGCCGUUCGUGAUGGAGAUCCCAUCCGCGCUGUGCUUCGCGGUAGCUCUGUCAACCACAACGGACGUGUAUCAUCGGCCAGCAUCUCCUAUCCUGGCGUUAACGGACAGGCUUACGUCAUGGCCGACGCGUACAAGCGAUCCGGUAAUUUGGACCCCAUGCUCACAGGCUACUUCGAAUGUCACGGUACUGGUACCGCUGUUGGCGACCCGAUUGAAGUGGAGGCUAUCGGCCGGGCGAUGAACCACAGCCGGCGUCCCGGCGUCGACGACAAGCUUAUGAUCGGUGCGGUCAAGACCAAUGUCGGUCACGGCGAGGCAGCCAGCGGUCUCACGGCGCUCAUCAAGGCUGUUCUCAUUGUCGAGCGUGGCAUCAUCCCGCCUACGAUCGGCAUCAAAAAGUUAACAUCUAAAAUCAAGUGGGAUGAGUGGCAGGUCCAAGUACCCGUCGAGCCGACGCCGUUCCCGUCUCACCUACCCAUGCGUCGUGUGUCAGUUAACACGUGUGGGUACGGUGGCACGAACGCGCACGUCAUCGUAGAGGAAGCGGGCUCUAUUCUUCGCUUGCCACAGACGUACAAGUUUGUCGACAACCACAUCCUCUCUGGCCUCAGCAGCAGAACUCAUACUCCUCGUCGUGCUGCCCACCGUAAGAGGCCUUUCCUUCUGCCAUUCUCAGCCCAUGACAAGACGUCUUUGAGGCAGAAUAUUGUGAACCACGGCAAGGUUGCAGGAAAUUACAAUCUUCUGGAUCUUUCUUACACGCUCGGCUGCCGCCGUAGCACCCUCACGAGCAAGGCAUUCACUGUGGCUAGCUAUAACACCCUCGGCGACAGCUUUGAGAAUAUCGAAUCUUCUUUCACAUUUGCCGACAAGAAGCGCCCGCAGGCUCCCACCGUUGGAUUUGUCUUCACCGGCCAGGGCGCACAGUGGCCAAGGAUGGGUGCCGAGCUGCUCCAGUACAGCCCGAACUUUCUCCAGUCAAUCCGCGGGCUCGACCGUGCCCUCGAUGAACUCCAUGACGGUCCGGAGUGGGCUAUUGAGGACCUCCUGGUGGAAGAUGAAACCAUCUCCCGGGUCCACGAAGCCGAGUUCUCUCAGCCCCUUUGUACCGCCGUGCAAAUCGGCCUUGUUGAUCUCCUUUCUCAUUGGGGUAUCCGCCCUGUGGUCACAGUUGGCCACAGCAGCGGUGAAAUUGCCGCCUCAUAUGCCGCUGGCCUUGUAUCAGCAAAGGAGGCAAUUACGGCUGCCUACUACCGCGGCAAGGUUACUAAGGAUGUUAAGAAAGGGGGUGCCAUGAUGGCCGUUGGCCUGGGAGCCGAGGCUGCAGAGCUGUAUCUCGCCUCGUUAGCAGGAAAUGUCGUCGUUGCCUGUCACAACUCGCCCUCCCUUGUCACUCUUAGCGGUGACGAUGCGGCAUUACAGGAGCUCAAGACUAAGUUUGAGGCCGAGAACAUUUUUGCCCGCUUUGUUAAGACAAACGGCAAGGCUUACCACUCACACUACAUGAUUCCUGUCGCUAAGCAGUACGAGGUGCUGUUCCAGGAGGCGAGGAAGAAGAGCUUUUUUGACAAACGCGAGAAGACGGCUUCUUCUAACAUCAGGAUGGUUUCAUCUGUCACCAACACCAUCUUUGACGAGAAUACAGUUAUUGAUGAGACCUACUGGAGCGCCAACCUUCAAAGCCCUGUACUCUUCAACCAGGCCGUUCACACCAUCCUGAAGGCUGAAGAGUUCUCUGAUGUCGACCUCCUCAUUGAAGUCGGUCCUCACUCGGCCAUGGCAGGUCCUAUCAAGCAGAUCAAAGCAGCUCUCAAGGCCGAAAAGCUAGAAUACGCUUCCACCUUACUCCGCGGCCAAGAUUCAGCCGUUCAGCUACUCAAGUUGGCGGGUGAGAUGUACCUCCGCAGCUACCCCCUUCAAAUGGAGCGAGUCACUGCUGCCUACGCGAGCGAGGCCAAAGGCGGCAAAGGCUCGGUAAUUGUGGACCUGCCUCACUACUCCUGGAACUACUCUCGCCAGUUCUGGCCCGAAAGCCGUGCCAGCAAAGAACAUCGUCACGCUACCCACCCGCGCCACGACGUGCUUGGCCAACUCGUGAUCGGUGCCUCGCCUUUGGAGCCCACCUGGCGCAACGUACUCCGCAUCCGCGACCUUCCUUGGCUUAAGGACCACUCCCUGGGUGGCGAAGCCGUCUUCCCUGCCGCAGGCUACUUCUCCAUGGCCGUCGAGGCCAUCACCCAGCUUAACGAGCGCAGUGGAAAACCCGUAGGCAUCGACAACUACGUCCUCCGGGACGUCUCCAUCAAGAAGGCUUUGGUCACGCCCGACAAUGACGACGGCAUCGAGGUUAUUACCAACAUGCGUCAUUCCAUCGUCUUCGGCGAUGGAUGGUGGGACUUCAGCGUCUCCUCCGUGGAUGCAGAGGGCACCAUUAAGGACCAUAUGGCGGGCAGCAUUGGCAUCAACACCACGGACAAGACACGUACCCCCCGUACGGCUCCAGAAUUUACCCAACGUGCCACUGGUCGGGCGUGGAAUCAGGCUCUCCGGGAGGUCGGCUUUGACUACGGCCCAACUUUCCAGGAUAUGGAAGAUAUCCGCUUUGACGGCAAGAGAUACGAGGCCAGCAGUGCGACCAGCAUCAAGCAGACGGUUGACGAGUCACUGGGCGAGUCGCGCCACGCGCUGCACCCUGCCGUGGUCGACUCCACCUUACAGCUAAGUAUUGUGGCCAUCUACGCUGGGCGCACCAACGCUAUGGACUGCGGUGUGGUCCCGGUGCAGGUUGAUGAGGUGACUAUCUGGCCUCCGACGCCUGAGCAGCUUGCAGCUGGAAAAGCCAGUGCGUAUGCUUGGGUAGACCGACGCGGUAUCCGCUCCUUUGAAAACAGCGUGCAGAUGACGGCUGGAAAUGGCGAGAUGGUCAUGGAGAUCGUCAACGUACGCACAACCAGCUAUGAGGCGGCUGUGCCGCAGAAAGACGAGUCCGCACUGCUUCCCGCGCCGUACGGGGAAAUGGCAUGGCAGUAUGAUAUCCAAGCCCUCAUGGAUACAGGCAAAGCCAACGAAAUCAACCCCGCGGACCUUGCGAGCUUGGCUCUGUUCAAGUAUCCAAGCUUGAAGGUCUUUCAUGUCUGCGUCGGAUCGCAUGCCGCCCACUCGCUCCUUACCCAGAACCCCCGGGCGCAUUGGACCUUGGCCAUUAUGUCUGGCGGCCAGGAAGAUCUUGAAGAGGCAAAGGAGGCGCUGACCAGUUUUCCGAAUGCACACGUUGUCGGACUCGAUCUCUCUCUCGAGCCGGAAGAGCAAGGCCUAGCCGCUGGCUCGUACGACCUUGUUUUGGCUCGCACGGAUCUCAUCGACGCCAACUUGCAUCGCCUGGCCAAGCCGAACGGUUUCAUCAUCUCCUUCGUCGGCCAAAAAUCCCAUAUGACAAAAGUCCCGGGACCUCCUGCUGCUGGAGCUAACGGUCACUUACCGCACAAUGUCCAGGUCGUCUACCGCAAGAGCCCCGGGGCUGGCGUCUCCCAUGCGCAGUCCUCCCUGGAAGGUCUCGGAUGGACUGUUAAACUGUCUAAGCUGGAGUCUUUCGCAGAUGCCAGCAACAUUGCUGCCAAGCAUGUCGUCAUGCUCACCGACUUUGAGGGUCCUCUUUUGUCUUCGAUCACCCAGACCGAGUUCGUUGCGAUUCAGAACGUCACAAACACAGCUACCUCCCUCCUAUGGGUCACCAACGGUGGGCUUCUGGAGGGUGAGCAGCCGGAGCAUGCCAUGGUUUCUGGUCUAGCUCGUUCUGUGCGGGCUGAGCAGGCGUCACUUGACUUCAGAACCAUUGAUGUUGACGCAAAGUCCAGCCCGUUGGAGAUUACCCGAGCUAUUACCAGAGUCGCACAGCUGCAGUACUCCAAGAUUGAGGAGGUGCCCGAGAACGAGUUUUGCUUGGCUGGGGGCAUGACCUACAUCAGUCGUCUUGUCCGCAAUAAUGCCCUCAACGAAAAGUUCUCAAGCUCCGCUAAGGCUCAGCUCGUCAACUACUCGCCCAAAGACAGAAUCUCUGGCAAGGUGGUACAUGGCAAGGUGAUGUUCGAAGAGCAGGUCGCCGAUCAGAAUGCCAUCAAGCCCAGCCAUGUCGAGGUCCAAGUUCAAUACAGCGGACUGACUAGGGAGAGUGUUCUAGUUGUCACUGGUUCUGAUUACCCUACCACAUUCAGCCACGCCAUCGGCGGUGUUGUGACCAAAUGCGGUGAAGGUGUCACGUCACUGAAGCCCGGUGACAAGGUGGUCGGUCUCAACGUAGACAAGUUCUCAAGCUACCAGGAGGUUCCUGCCAACAUGCUCCAGAAGGUCACCAGCAAUGACAGAGUCGAGAAGUUGGUAAGCCUGCUGAUGCCAUACGCCGCGGCCUUGUACGGACUGGAUACGCUUGCGCGCGUAGCACCGAAGGAAACCAUACUGGUCCUACACAACACCGGGGCUAUUGGUGUCGCCGCCAUCAAGGUUGCCGAAGCUCGGGGCGCUACUGCUUACAUUGUUGCCAAGACGAACGAGGAAAUUGACUUUCUUUCGAAGACUCUCGGCCUUCCUCAGGAGCAGAUUAUCCAGUCCAGCGUCUCGACUGUCUCUAGUCAGAUUGAGAAACUCACCAACGGUCACGGAGCCGACAUCGUCUUCAGCGCCGGCAGUGCUAUCGACUCGAAGGAUGCCACUGAGGCCUGGCGAUGCAUCGGUCGUUUCGGUCGUUUUGUUGAUGCAGGUCGAAAGGAUGUCCUCAGCCGUAACGCCCUUGACACGUUCCCUACCCGCCGCGGUGCUCUGUACAUGCCGUUCGAUAUGCUGGAUCUCCUUGAAGCUCGCCCGGAGGCUGUCGCCACACUCAUUCCCGUCAUCCUUGACAUGUUCAAGAAUAGCAGUAUCGUGCCCCCUGGAGUGAUAGAGACCGUCAACCUCGGCGAUCUGGACCAGGCCGUCUCGGCUUACUCUGAUGCAUGUGGUGCUGUUAUGCAUGUCAUUCGGUACACCGAGUCCCCAAUUCGGAUCAUCCCGCGUCAGAGAGCUAAGCUUAGUUUCAGCCCAGACGUCACCUAUCUCUUGGUUGGCUGUCUGGGUGGUCUCGGUCGCAGUCUGACGUCCUGGAUGAUGGAGUCCGGUGCUCGCCGUUUCGCCUUCCUCUCCCGCUCUGGUACCGAUGCACCAUCGGCAGCUAGACUUCUCCGUGACAUUGAAGCAGCAGGCGCCAUCGUCCAAGUUGUCCGCGGCGAUGCUACUAAUCGCGGUGAUGUUGUUCGCGCGGUUCAGGAGAUCCCGACUGCCCACCCAAUCAAGGGUGUCGUUCACGCCGCCAUGGUUCUGCGAGACGCGCUCUUCCAUUCCAUGACAUUCGACAGCUGGAAGACCUCAGUUGAACCCAAGGUCGUUGGCGCCAUGAACCUCCACUCCGUCCUUGCGAACACAGACCUUGACUUCUUCCUCAUGACGUCUUCCGUCUCCGGCGUCCUUGGCACUCCUGGACAAGGCAACUACGCUGCAGCCAACAGCUAUCUUGAUUCGCUCGCCCGCCACCGCAUGCGCCAGGGCCAGUCUGCCGUGGCUAGCGUCAUCCCCAUGGUACUUGGUGUUGGUGUGGUAUCGGAAAACACGGAGCUUGAGGACAACCUGCGCCGCAAGGGUAUGUACGGUAUCGACGAAGAGCAUCUUCUGCAGUCCUUCGAGGCGUCUAUGGUUGCAUCAUCCACGAAGGAGCGCCUCGGCCUAGAUCAUGUUGUCAUUGGGCUUGAUCCCGUGCUGCUGCAAAAAGCGGUCAACGACCAGACGGCCACCGAUAGCUUCUGGGUUGAGGACGUCAGGUUCAAUCACGUGGUCCACGCCAUGAGCUCUUCCAAGAGUGCAGCCUCUGGAGGUCAUUCGCAGAACAUUCUUGGCGCCAUUAAGUCGGCGGCGUCGCCCGCUGAUGCAGUCGGUCUGGUCACGAGCCACUUGACUGAGAAGCUGUCAAGGAUGUUGCUCCUGCCCGAGGACAGUAUUGAUGCGCUCAGCGGGUCGAUUGCGUCGUAUGGUGUGGACAGUAUGAUUGGGGCAGAGCUGCGCAACUGGAUUUUCAAGGAAUAUCGCCUUGACAUCCCGUUUCAACAACUGCUCGCAGCCACGUUAACGAUAAACAAGUUUGCGAAACAGGUUUGUGAAAGUGCGGGUGUGGUUGUUCCCUAA